GUUUACUACAAUUACGAAAGGGAUGGCAGAUGCAGUAGUUGAAAAUGGCUAUGCUAGCUCUUCCGAGAAAUUCAUCGACAACAUAGACUCUGAUGACCCAGAGUAUAAGCGACAGCUCAUGAGGCCGGCCGAAAUCAAAGAAGACUUAAAUUUAAUGUCACAGCGCCGUCGUGUUUCUCUAGUACUGAAUUCAGAAUCGUUUCGGAAAGAACUGGAGGAAAUUAUUGAGAGUUACACGCGAUCCCAAGAAUCAGUUGUGUUGAAUUCAAGUCUCCUCUCCCUUCAACAUUUGGCUGAUCUUUUUUCGACAAUCCCUGGGAAGCGUCCUUUGACUGGAGGUGGUUUCGCUAAGAGUAAUCAAAACGGAAUCAUUCCUAUUAACGAUUUGCGUGGCGUCGACACUGGGUUAUAUUCCCGAAGAGAACGUGUAUAUCGUUGCAAAUUAGCCUCGGUGUAUCGACUGAUUGAGCUGUUUGGUUGGAAUACCAGUAUUUAUAACCACGCCACUGUUCGGUUAAGCCGGAAUGAGGAGCAUUUUCUAAUAAACCCCUUUGGGCUACUCUAUCACGAAGUGACUGCGUCGUCUCUGAUCAAAGUAAAUAGCCACGGUGUCGUGCUUGAUCCUGGGUCAACUGUUCUUGGUGUCGAACAGACUGGGUGGCUAUUUCAUUCCGCCGUCCAUUCGACUCGUCCUGACAUUCGUUGCAUCAUUCAUUUGGGCACACCGGCAACGGUUGCUGUAUCCUGCAUGAAGGCGGGUCUGUUGCCUUUGUCACAAGAGGCUAUCAUCCUGGGCGAUGUGGUCUACUACACUCCGCAACGUCCACACCCUGACGACUCAACCCUGCGACUGGCCUCCCUGGGUGUGGAUCACUUAGUGCUCCCGAACCAGCAGGUCCAGAAGAGGACGUACGAAGCGUGGCGCACCACAGAGUUGGGCGGCGUGUCAGGUCCAGAGGCGACAAUGGCUAUUCGCCUUGCGCACGCACGCACUCUCUCGCUCUCUCGCCACAACGCUAACGGUACCGACGCAGGCUAUUUAUCCGACUCUUCUUUGGUCGCGCACACCGCCUCUGCACGGCCUUGGCGUCUUGGUGAAUUGGAGUUUGAGGCCCUCAUGCGCCACCUUGACAACGCCGGCUACAGAACUGGCCACCUCUACCGACAGGAUGCUGCGGUUAGUCCUCGACCGUCUCGAAGAACACUGGAUAGAUCGGGUGCCGUUAUAGGAACCAGACGGUUUGAGGACGUCGAAGUGCCACCCUUCACGUCUUCAGCGGCCACUGCCAUUGCUCAGUAUUACGACGAUACCGGGGCCUUUUCUGGCGACGAAUCUGACGCUCCUAGACCGGGUGGUCAAAUGGUGGUCAGUUUAUUUUCCGCUGUGCGAUUUAGAACACUUCGACGUCAGUGGUCUGACCAGCGAUGGCUUAACACACCGAACAACUAUACAAAGGAGGUCUCGACUCUGCCAGGCCGUCAACCCGUAGCUCACUGGGUGUCUAGUCGUGAGGCAUUGCUACAUAUGGAGAUUUCUAGCGGCAGAUUACCUCCUCCUACACCAUUCCACCCUCUCACGCCUGCUGCAGUCCCUUUAGGAACCACAGGUGCUCAAAGCAACACUCCCUCCAGUGCUUUGAACUUCAACCGCUUUGCACCGCAGGGCGAUGAUCCCAAGGAACUCAAGGAGCACCAGAAGAAGGUGCGUGAGAAAUACUACAGAGACACGAACACCGCGGGACCGCAGUCGCGUCUGCUGGAAGGGUUGACGUGGGAUGAGGCACGUCGCAUUCGUGACGAAGCUUUAGCUAAAGCCCUCGGUCCUGGCGCUGUCUCCGCCUCCCUUCCGGGCUCGCAUUCCACCAUUGCGGCGGCCAGCAAGGCCAUUCUCCAUCGUGACGUUCGUGAUGCCGCCGUUGUUUACGAGGGUGUCUACACGAAACAGAACCCUUUUGGUCAAGUAACAGACGAGGAAUUGGAGGCCUAUAAACAAGAAAUUCAGAUGAAGAGCAAUCCGGCUCUCUACGCU